AUGGAGAAUUCUGUUGUUCUGACAUUUCUUCUCAAUACCAUGACACAGAAUGUGGCCAGAAGUGUGCAACUGCUGGAGACUGCACAGGAAGUCUGGGAGACAGUGGCCCAAAUUUUCUCACAGAAGCAGAAUUCUGCUCAAGCAUUUGAGAUCAGGUCUCAAUUGUGUCAGCUUCGUCAAGAAAAUUUAUCUAUCACUGAAUAUGCCACCGAGUUGAAGCAUCUCUCGUUCGAGGCUGAUUAUUAUAGAACUUUUGUUCCACAAUGCUCUAUUGAUGUUGAUGGGUUUCAGAAAUACUUAGAAGAAGAACGGGUUCAGAAUUUUCUAUAUGGUCUGAAUCCGAAGUAUGAGUCUGUUAGAGUUCAGCUUCUCGCCAGAGAUAUGAUACCUAGUUUGGGUCAAGUCUUCUCUACUGUUUUGAGCGAGGAGACAUGGCGACGAGUAACCUCUGACUCCAGUAGUCCUGUAAGAUCUGCUCUUACUGUGCAACCACAGCAGAUAGUUGCGAAUGUAUAUUUUCAUUGCAAGAAACCUGGGCACACUAAGGCAUUUUGCUGA